GGAGGGAGAAAUUGGGCCGAAUUGUUUGGCUGAAAUGAAGGUGACCUUCAAACCCCUGGAAGCACUGGAGUAUGGAAGUGUGGCUUACUGCAGCAUCUCAGGUGAAACUGAUGAACCAAGGAGCUAUUGAUGCUCCCUUCACCUGUCUCCCUUCAGCCACCAACCUGGGCUUGCUCUUCAAGUUUGCCCCCGAGGAGGGCAUCAUUGCAGCAGGUGGGAGCCAGGCUGUGCAGAUCUCCUUCAGAGCCACCGUGCUGGGGAGCUUUGAGGAGGAGUUGCAGUUCAGUGUGGCUGGAUCUCCUAGGCCUGCCAUCCUGACCAUCAAGCUUUCCCUACACGCAGCGCUGCCGCCUCACCAGCAGCUCCGCGGUGCCCCUGACGUUCCAGCUCCGCAUGUCGGACGAUGGCACGCAGCCGGCUGUGGACAGCGUGGAUCAGAUCCGCAGGGACAGCGACCCGGCCUGGAGCAAGGGAAUCCAUUUGCAUGUGGAGCCCAGGGAGUUCACCAUCAAUCCCAGCGGAGGCACCAUCCUCCCCCAGGGACACCAGGACAUCGAGGUGACCCUGUGCUCCAACACGGUGAUGGAGUUCUACCGGAGAUUGCUGGUGGACCUGGAGGGUAUUGGCAAGGGAGUGGCAGCCCUGAUCAUCACAGCCAGGUACCAGCCCUUGCCUGGCCUCCCCCAGGCACUGCCUUGCCCAGGCUGUGCUGGCUGCAGCUGCCAAGGAGAAGUGCUGCUGAAUGCCCUCAUGUUGUGCCAGCUGGACACGAGAACAGCAGUGCUUGGGCAGCAGCCUGUAGUGAAAAGCACGUUUGCUCCCAGCCCAGCACGGUCCUGGGCCCUCUUCUAAAGGCACCAGGAAUGAUAUCAUUGAUUGGCCUUGUUUUUGGUGCUUGAGGUGUGUAGAAGUCCAUCCGAAAAUCCUUCAUUUUUUGCCUCACAAUUGUCAUGAGAAAAGACUACCGAAGAGUUAAAAGUGCUGAGCCGGUUGGGAAAGAAAGUCUCCUGCUUAUCUAGUGUGUUCACAAGUGAUGUUUGCAGAUCACGCCAUGCUGUACUCGAAGGGGGCAUGCUGCCCUUUUCUGGACAAUUGAACUGGACUUUCUUCCAAACUCCUGACCUGGCUGGACUGAGCUCUGGGGUGGCUCCCCCCCGCUCCAUGAGAAGACCCCUCUUGCCUGUCUUCAACCACCGUGACAGACCAACAGAGAUGCGAAUCCCCUCAUCAAGGAACCAAGAACCCCUCUGGCACCCUAUUGACACCCCCAUGGCACCACCAUGGCACCCCCCCGGCAACCUCCUUCCAGAGACUGGGACUGUACUCCCUCCCAACUCAGGGAGGGGGAAAACUUAACGUACAUGUGAGCAUUCGGCCAUGAAAACAAUGGACUUCUCCCCUCCAUGGAAACCUAAUUUCAGUUACCUUCCCCCAACCAAGAACAGUAUAUAUAUUGGGGUUCGGCCCGACUGUCCUUUGAGAUCUCCCCAAGACAUGUACCAGCGAGUUUCGGCGGCGGGACCCCGAAGACAUCACGUCUAGGUAGCUAUACCCCAUUCCCUGACCUUCUUUCCUCCCUUUUUUUUUCCUUGUCUUACCCUUCUCUUCCCCGGAUCCCUUAACCAAACGCAUAUUUAGCUGUGGUUAUAAUCAAUAAAUUGCACCUUGUUGAUUUGUUACUGCAAAACACCUGUGCCUCUUGUUGGUUAUUUUUGCACCCAAAAAUCAUUCGUCACCCGUUUAUUUCGGGCGGACCUUCACAUAAUUGGCGUCACGGACAAGGAUUCCAGCAGCCAGUGAGAUUUUGCAGGUUUUGUGUAGUUUGUAACCUCUUAAAGACUACACACGCCGAAGCCAAAUCUCAUGCUCGAUUGAGCACACAGGCUCCGGAAUUGACACAAAAGAUUUUUUCGGUGCAAAAGCAGGGGAAAUUGUUACUGUCAUUACUGAUACUGAUUUUACCGGCACGAACACUGGCACUGAUACUUCUCCUGAUCCUGAUAUUGAUGCUGUUACUGAUAUCGAUACCGAUAUUGAUACUGUUGUUGUUGUUGUUGUAUUUGAAUUGAAUCUGAACCUGUUACUGUUGUUUUUGAGGUGAAUUUGAACCUGUUACUGUUUUUUACUGCUGUAUUUUGUGUACCUGGACAGUCUAAAAGGGAAGGGGCAGACUUGAAGUAAUUAAGCAGUGCCUUUUAGACAGAUAUUGUCCCUUCACCUACACAGGGAGCGAGGGGCGGCCCAGCGAAGGCUGAGUGGCUUUUUCCCUGUUCUAGGUUCUGGUCCCCUCACAAAGAAAACAUUUCUGUGUGUGUGUGUUCAUGUGAGUGCGUAUCUGUACUGUCUGGGAAGGAAGAGACAAAU